AUGAAGUAUUCCAUGCUCUCCGUUGCCGCCUUCGUGGCCUUCUCCCUCGGCUCCCCGGCGUACUACUUUGAUGAUGAGGGAGUAUACCCAGCCGAUGCCGGCGAUGCCAUUGUAACGAACUACCUGGAUCAGGCGGUCGAUGUGGUCAAAGUGCCGGGAGGGCCAUCGCGGCGUAUUUGGCCGAGGAGCCGCGCUUCAUUUCCGGGAGGGUUCAGCGCAGACCUGAAAAUCAACGAGCAGGUGGAAGUGAGCUAUUCCAGCGGGGAUGAACACACGUUCAAUUACCAGGUCAAGCCGAUUGGUGGCGGAUUCCAGGGAUGCAUCCAUGUGAGACCUUCCGGAUGUGAUCCCAUAAGGUGGUGCUCGGGACAAGGAGAUUCGCGUCAGGUUACUUGUCGCGAGGGCACUCAGCUCCCCAUCUACCUGACAUAUGGGUGA